AUGUCCGGUCUGGCAAUCUCGCGUCUAGCAGAAGAGCGAAAAGCAUGGCGGAAGAAUCAUCCGUUCGGCUUCAUUGCACGACCGGCGUUAAAUCCUGAUGGCACGCGCAAUCUCUUUCACUGGGAGUGUGCGAUUCCUGGCAAGCAAGGGACGAUUUGGGAAGGCGGCCUCUACAAGGUAAGUUGGCUUUUCGAACGGCCUUUAAAUGAUUGGCGGCCAUCUGUCACCGUACGUCAGCUCCUGCUUGGCAUCCAGGAUCUCUUGACGCAUCCGAAUAUCGAAGACCCAGCGCAAGCAGAUGCAUACCAGAUCUACUGUCAAAACAGGCAAGCACGCAUCAUUUUAAUCGAGUACGAAAAACGAGUUCGGCGCCAGGCACAACAGUUUGCUGCGGAAAUUGUCCGGAAUCAGUUGCUCGAGAAAUGA